AUGGCACAGCGAAGGUGGGGACGCCGUGGCGGCCACCUUCUCCUCGGCCUGGUCGGCGUCUUGGGCGCGAUGCGGCUGAUGGCUGAGAGGAUGGAGGUCGGCUUCGCGGGGUGGAAGGUGCAUCAGAUGGGUCUUGGUCCUGGAGGGCUCCUGAGGCUGCGAAUAAGGACGUCGCUGGUGCCACACGCUGCCACGGCAAAGACUGUUGCAGUGAGCCCCGAAGACCGCGACGCGGCCUUCAUGGAGCGUUUGCGCUGCCUGGCACGGGAGGCGCUCAGCUGGAGCUGGCUCACUCCGCAGCAACGGCUGGUGUGGGCUGCGGCCAUCGAGCUGGAUGCGGUACCUUUGCAG